AUGGCUCCGAAAAAUCUGGAGACAUUUCUCCCCGAUGUCUCGUCGCCGUCUGUGCGACAGACAUCGCGAAUCGGAUACGGCAAGCUACCGGAAGAUAAAUGCAAGCAGCUCAAGUUUAUUUCGGACACGCAUGUACAGUCGUUCGAUUGGUUUUUGGACGAAGGAUUGCCAAAUAUUCCCAACGCGGUGGAGCCUUAUGAGUUCGAAAUGGAGGCGAAUAAUGAAAAUAUGCGAUUUAGACUCGAAGUCGAACAUAUCGAAGUUGAGCAACCAGUGUUGGACUCUUCAAUCGUAUGCAAAGAUAGACGACUAUUCCCGGCGGAAUGUCGGCAAAAGAAGACGGAUUAUACUGCUCCUGUUCAUGUUACAUUCAACCUGGUAAACCUCAAGACUGGCGAAACCCAAGUCGUCACGAAGAAAGACCUGUUACAAAUGCCCCUGAUGGUGAUGAGCUCAAAAUGUCACCUGCGGGGGCUCUCGCCGACCGAACUCGUCGAGCGAAAAGAAGAUCACUUCGAAAUCGGCGGCUACUUCAUCGCCAGUGGCAAUGAAAAAGUCAUCCGUUUGUUAAACAUGAACAGACGCAACUUUCCCCUUGGGUUGAGAAGAAACGGCUGGAAGCGACGAAGAAAUGGGUACAGCGAUGCGGGUAUUAUGAUCCGUUGUAUGGACAAGUGGGAGAGGACUUCGAACAUGAACCUGCACAUAACAAAGACAAACGAAAUGGAAGUCGUUUUCUACAUCCAAAAGCAGCUCUUCCACGUCCCUCUUAUGACUAUCGUCCGGGCGCUCACUAACUGGACGGAUUUCGAAAUCUACCGCGAAUUUAUGCAAACGAUGUCGGACGAGCCUAAUUACGAUUCUGCUGUCAAAAGAAUGCUCAAGCGCCUCGUAAAUACCGAUAACUUACUAGAACGAAACGAAGCGAUCAAGUAUCUCGGCCAGAGUUUCCGAAUCUUCGACCUUUGCCCGCCUUGGAAGUCGGAUUUCGAAGCAGGAAAAGCGUUCCUCAAGCGAUAUUGCUUAAUCCACCUGGAUGAUGAUCACGAUAAAAUUCGAGCGUUUGCGCUAAUGGCUCGCAAAACCUUCAGAAUCGCCAACAAUACCUGCGCCACAGAUGAUAUCGACUCGCCCGAGUCCCACGAUGUCCUUCUUCCGGGGCAUCUUUUCCAGUCGAUGACGAUCGAGUUCUUCGAGAGCUACCAAAAGUCGAUAUCAAUGAUCAUGGCGAAGGAAUAUGCCAAGCAACUGGAAAAAGGAAACGACACUGUUGGCUCCUCCAUGCUUAGCUUUGCCAUCAACAAGAUGGGCAGCAUGAAUCAACACUACAAAUAUCUGAUCGCAACGGGCAAUUUAAGGACGAAUGACGGUCUAGGAAUGCAGCAACUGGCGGGUAUCGUCGUAGGAGCGGAGAAGAUUAACUUUGCUCGAUUCUACAGCCACUUUCGAUGCAUUCACAGAGGUGCGUUUUUCAUGGAAAUGAGGGCUACUUCGCCCCGAAAAUUGUCAACAGCAGCCUGGGGAUUUAUUUGUCCGGUGCAUACGCCUGAUGGGCCGCCUUGUGGUUUGCUCAAUCAUUUGGCUCAUACGGUAAGGAUCAAUGUGAAAAGAGAGAACACGAAGAAGCUGGAGGAAUUGCUGCUAGAAAUCGGAGUCAAGCCACUUUCCAUAAAGGCUGGUGAGCUUGACAUUCCUGUUGUCAUCGACGGCAGACAAGUCGGCUGGAUCGCAAGCGGUUGGCGCGCCCAAGCAGUAGAAAAGUAUCUGCGCCGAUUAAAAACCUCCAGCAGCGAUCGAGUACCUGACACUCUUGAGAUCGUCCACUGCCCUGCGCCUGAGAGUAAGGGCGAGGCAGUCAUGUUCCCUGGAAUCAACUUGCUCACGGAGCCCGCGAGAAUGUACAGACCCUUGUUGAAUCUGCGUGAGGAUAAGAUUGAAAUGAUUGGUAUUAUGGAACAGGUUUGGAUACAUGUGACGGUCAAUCAGGAAGAAAGUCAUGAACUGACAGAAUACCAAGAACUCUACCCCGCAGCCCUCUUCUCCGAACUGGCCUGCAUGUCUCCCUUUUCAAACAUGAAUGCCGGCGCUCGAGUCAUUCUCCAGUGCCAGAUGGCGAAGCAAACAUUCGGCUGGCCGAGUUACACGCUGAACCACAGAAGCGACAACAAAAUGUACAGAAUUCUAGCGCCCCAGGAGCCUGCUGUCAGAAGCCACUUGCAUGAUUCGUGGGGAAUGGACGAUUAUCCUCUAGGAACAAAUGUGAUGAUUGCUGUAAUUUCGUAUACUGGAUAUGAUUUGGAAGAUGCCACAUGCGUGAAUAAAAUGUCAAGAGAACGAGGAAUUAUGUACGGGACGAUCUACAAGACGAAAAUGGUCGACCUGCAGGAAAUAGCACAAUCUCAUGGAUACCGAGGAGGCUUGAGACUAGGAUGUCGAGAUCGAUUCGACCCGAACGAGCUGAAGAAAUACAGAAAAUUCGCAGGAGAAAAACUCGAUCUUGAUGGGCUUCCCUUUCCAGGCACAAUUUUUACCUAUCAAGACGCAUAUUACUGCUACUACGACGAUCACGAGCAAACAUACAAGGUCGGAAAGUAUGAUGCCCACGCUGAAGAUGCAAUUGUCGAGUCCGUUCGAGUUUUCACGAAUAAGAGGCCGCAAGAAGGCGGAUUUCAACAAGCGGCAAUUCAGUUUAGAAUUGCGCGUCCGAUCAAUAUUGGUGACAAGAUGGCUUCGCGGCACGGUCAAAAAGGUAUCUGUAGUAGACUUUGGGCUACUACAGACAUGCCCUGGACGGAAAAUGGAAUGGUCCCAGAUCUCAUCUUCAAUCCCCACGGUUUUCCCUCGAGAAUGACAGUAGGAAUGAUGAUCGAAUUCAUCGCUGGCAAGGCGGCAAUGGUAAACGGCCGCGUGUAUGAUUCAACCCCAUUCGUUUUCAACGAAGAAUACCCUGCUGAUGUUCACUUUGGGGAGGUGCUGAAAGAAGCUGGUUUGAAUUACCAUGGUUACGAAAGGAUGUAUUCUGGUAUUUCUGGCGAAGAACUUGAAGCUGACAUUUUCUACGGCCCUGUUUACUACCAGCGGCUGCGUCACAUGGUCUACGACAAGUUCCAAGCGCGAGCAGACAAGGGCCCGAUUGAUCCUUAUACACAGCAGCCUGUCAAAGGUCGAGCGCGAGGAGGAGGAGUGCGAAUGGGCGAGAUGGAACGAGACGGCUUGAUUUCUCAUGGUUGCGCAUUCAUCGCCAGAGACAGAUUAUUCCACUGCUCGGAUUUCUACAAAACGAGAAUCUGCAGUCAGUGUGGCUCAGUGCUGUCCGUCAGCAAGGUGAAGCCGGACAAGACGAAGGACAAAAAUUGGAAGCUGAUGUCGAACGGAAAGUGGGAGUGCCGAAUGUGCGGACCAGAAGCGAAAACGCUCCUCACCGACCUCCCUAUGUGGUAA